CCAGGGGGGCAAGGGGGGAAGUUGCCCCCCUCAGCCAAAUAUUUUGCUUUUUCGCCCCCCUUAGCCAGCACUGCUCUCUAAUUGAAAAAAUAUUGUGAGCAUGUGGCAAAAAUAACAAUGUAUCAGGCAAUGUAUGUUUGCCCCCCUUAGGUAAAACAUCUUCCUACCCCUAUGCUAUAUAUAGACUGUGUUCCAGAUCCAUCUACCAGCUUUCAUCCACCACAUCGUUCCAUGCAGGUCACCAGUAUGGUCCGUGCAUGUUACUACGCAUGGAUGGACUGUGUGUACCUGUGCUCAACACUGCAUGUAUUAGGAACAUCAAUUCAGUAUACAAAUCAUCAUGAUUAGCUAUAUACCCGCACAUUCCAAAAUGGAUGUAUAAUAAAUAUAUAGGGAUUGCAUGGUCAUCACUCCACCAGUAAAAAUUGCGUGGUAUAUUGGCCGGGAAAACAUGGAAAACUACCAGUACAUAUGAUUGACGUUGUAACGGAUUGGAGUUAUGCUCUCGUCUGAUUUCUUGUUUCCACGCUUUUUUGUGGUUCCCCUAGCCAAUCCUAGCAAUUUUUCACAUUGCAAAUAUUUUUCUAGUUGGAUAUACAUUGUCUUUGAGUGAGAAAGAUGGUUAGCUGUUUGUUUCAAAAUUGUUGAUCAUUAAUCCAACUGCAGAGGCGGUAUUUUAUCGAGCGAUGUAGAUCAUUAAUUGAGUGAUGUAUUACAAUAAUUAAUAUUAUCAAGGUGAUGUAUUAAAAUGAACGAGCAAUGUAUUACAGUCAUUGAGUGGUGUAACUCUGAUCUAUAUUUAUAAAUCAAUGUACAUAUAUAUUUAUUCAGGGAUGUAACUCUAUAUCCAGCAAUGAUAGUUCAUUAUCGAGCGAUGAAUACGAGUUUAGGGUUCAUAGGGUUUAAAGAUUACUUUAUCCCGCAGCCUUUAAUCGGAGUACAUAUGCAUAGACAAUUGUAAUACAUUGCUCAAUCAUUUUAAUAUUAUCGCUUGCAGUUGGAAAUGAUCAACAAUUUUAAAACAAACGGCUAACCAUACCCAAUCACCCUAAAUUGGUAUAUUCAUCCAUUAGCACUGAAGGACAUGCAGAGACCACCUCAAGGUGGGGACUGCUGUGGUUUGCAUAUCAUUAUAAUUUAUUCCCUAGGUGCAUACAGUGUUUCUGGCUUAUAAAUGUGUUAUAUAGUAGUUGUCCUACAUGUAGCUAUAGUUAUGUUGUUGAGCACUAUACCUUACUUUUGAUUGUAUAGAAAAGGUGAUUUUCCCGUGUAGUUGUUGUUGUAAUAGAGCUUGAUGAGGUGCUUUCCUAUCAAUAUGUAAUAGUGGUUACAUUUGACUAUACAUGUACAGGAUAGGUGUAUUAUUGUAUUUUUGGCUCAGUUAAUUGACUUCUUGUGUUUGUAAAUAAAUUGCAUGUACAUAAUUAUGGCUCCAUUUUCUCUUUCACACUUCACAGCAUUAGGCAACAAAUUGUUUCGUGUUCCUGAGAGAUUUCAAGUGGAGGUGGCCCGGGCUAACACAAUACUGGACCAGGAGAGGUCCCCUCCAGCCCAAGGGCAGUGCUGGUUUGAGUUCAACGACACCCACGUAUCUCCCAUCAUGGCCAAACAGAUGGAGAAAAUGUACCAGGGCAAGCAGAGCGCUUACAUGCUCUUCUACAGGAAGAAGGACAUGCAGAGACCACCUCAAGCGUUAGGCAACAAAUUGUUUGGUGUUCCUGAGAGAUUUCAAGUGGAGGUGACCCGGGCUAACACAAUACUGGACCAGGAGAGAUAUGAGUAUGACAUUGCUAUCAACACACUUCAACUUAUCAUUCAUUUCUCACUGGAGUUUGUGCUGGCCAACGGAGCGCUGCAGAGAAUUGAAGAGGUGGGUGUAGUUUGUUAUGUUACGGGAAUACAUAAUUAUGCCUCGAGGCGUAGCCGCACGAGGGAUACGGUAAAGCUGUCUGUGUGUCUGUUCCAACUGUAACUGCUCAACGGUUGCAAUGCAACGAAAACUAACAGCUUUUAUAGGCUUCUAGCCACCUGGAUUUUGAUUCGUGGAUUAGCAAACUAAAGCUUCUUUCUCGAGUUAUGGCUAGUUUGACUCACAUUGAAGGCUAUUGCAGUCUCUUUAGAAUCUUUCAUAGCAUCAUCUGUUCACAUAAACUUUCUUCAACUUAUAAGUUAGCCUUGCACUAAAGCGCUAGCUUUUUGUUGGCUACAAGAGUCAGAAAGAGCUGCUAAAGAAGCUAGGGAACUUGCAGACACACC